GAGGCCGAACGGCGGUGGACGGGUAGAACGGCCCUCUCUCUCUCUCUCUCUCGGCUUCUGAUGGCGGCGGCGAUGGAGAUCGGUGGCAUUGCGAUGCGGAACCCGACGGGGCGCGCCGGCCGGACGUUCCUUGGAACCGGAAGGCGGUGGCGGUCGGCGCGGAAAGAUGUUGUUGGCACGGGGCUCGCCGUGAGGGCGUUGAUGGCCGCGGAGAAGCGCGACGGACGGACCGUGGAGAUCGGCACUUCCAACAGGCCUGUUAAUUCGGACAAGCUAAAUGUCUUGCAUGGGAUUCAAUCAAGUGUUCCCAUUGUUGAAGAGGCAAAGAUGGAGACCGAUUUUCAAAGGAAGACAAAGAUUGUAUGUACAAUUGGUCCUUCGACGAAUACACGUGAAAUGAUCUGGAAAUUGGCAGAGGCUGGAAUGAAUGUUGCACGGCUUAACAUGUCUCAUGGAGAUCAUGAGUCGCACCAGAAGAUUAUCGAUUUGGUCAGGGAAUAUAAUGCCCAAUGCAAAGACAAUAUUAUUGCUAUAAUGCUGGACACUAAGGGUCCGGAGGUAAGAAGUGGAGACUUGCUAAGACCUGUGUUGCUUAAGGAAGGUCAAUCAUUCAACUUUACCAUCAAAAUAGGAGUUAAUUCUGAAGAUACUGUUAGUGUAAAUUAUGACGACUUUGUGAAUGAUGUUGAAGUUGGUGAUGUUAUUUUGGUGGAUGGAGGGAUGAUGUCAUUAGCUGUAAAAGCAAAGACUCAUGAUAUGGUCAAAUGCAAAGUAAUUGAUGGUGGAGAAUUAAAAUCAAGGCGCCACUUAAAUGUGCGUGGAAAAAGUGCUACACUUCCAUCCAUUACAGAGAAGGAUUGGGAAGAUAUUAAGUUUGGUGUGGACAAUCAGGUUGAUUUUUUUGCAGUUUCUUUUGUUAAAGAUGCUAGAGUAAUUCAUGAACUAAAUGACUAUCUCAGAAGUCUCAAUGCAGAUAUACAUAUUAUCCCUAAAAUAGAAAGUGCAGAUUCAAUUCCAAACCUUCAGGCAAUAAUUUCAGCCUCAGAUGGGGCGAUGGUGGCACGUGGAGACCUUGGUGCUGAGCUUCCAAUUGAGGACGUUCCCUCUCUGCAGGAAGAGAUUAUUAAGACAUGUAGAAGCAUGCAGAAACCAGUGAUUGUAGCAACGAACAUGUUAGAAAGCAUGAUAAACCAUCCAACUCCAACAAGAGCAGAAGUUUCUGACAUAUCAAUUGCAGUCCAAGAAGGAGCAGAUGCUAUCAUGCUAUCAGGAGAAACUGCUCAUGGAAAGUACCCAUUGAAAGCUGUUAAAGUAAUGCACAAUGUGGCAUCAAAAACUGAAUCCAUAAUGUCAAACGACACUCUCCACACUCCUGACAAGGCUGUCCAGUAUGUAGGUGGUGGCGAUUUUUCCCAAGGGCACAUGAGUGCGAUGUUUGCGUUGCAUGCAACCACCAUGGCCAAUGCUCUUGGCACACCUAUUAUUGUCUUCACACAAACUGGUUCGAUGCCUGUGCUUCUGAGUCACUAUCGACCUUCUUCAACUAUAUUUGCAUUUACUAAUGAGGAAAGAGUUGGACAAAGGUUGACGCUGUACCAAGGCGUGCUGCCUUUAUAUAUGCAGUUCUCUGAUGAUGCUGAAGAGACCUUCUCUAGGGCCAUAAAGCAUUUGAUGAACGGAGGGUAUCUAAGGAAAGGAGAUUAUGUUACUCUUGUUAAGAGUGGAAUACGCUCGAUCUGGAGAGACGACUCCACACAUCAUAUUGAAGUCUGCAACAUCCAAGACUGAAUUGAUAUCCAAAUCGACAUUUCUUCGACCUAGUAGUAGCUGCUUCAACCAUUACUGUCUGAUUGCCGAAUAUUUUGAUUAUACAUUGUUAAAUUAAUCUGAUUUCUA